GCUGAAAAAGAAAUUUGGAAAAGUGUCAAACGUAUCCUUAUACAAAUAAAAUAUGUAAGAAAAGGCAAACGUGCGUAUGAGAAAUGUACUUCAAAAAUACUUUUCGCACCGCCAACUUCUAAACUUCUAAUUUCUUUUAUGCAUUAAGGUCACGCCAAAGCUAUAAAAAGGGGCUAAGAGUAUGACCUUAAAAAUGUUCAGAAGAAGUCCACCCCAAUAAGCACUUGUAUUUGGUAAACUUUACUGGAAGUCUCUUUUCUGUUGUUCAUGUGUACAAAACUCUAACAGGAAUUUGUACCAACUAAUCCCGAUGUAUUUUGUUUUCCACAGAAUCAGAUAGAGCUAAUCGUCAGCAAUUGGAAGUCCUAUCGGCGGCCGAGCAGCUGCGGCUUCGUCGUCACAGCGAAGGCAACGCCCCUAAACAGAAAAAUCAACCUCGCAAGGGCCAGCCUGAAACGCAUUCACAGUCCGAUUCGCAGUCCGUUGUAGCAGGAAUAAGUGGCCAGCAAAAUAUGUUCAGGGAAAGCCGAGGGGUCUCGUUGCACGACUCCGCGUCCACAAAUACAAAUCCGGGCUUAUUAAGCGAGGGACAGCUUAACGGGGAUCCGAAAGCGGGGCUGGAACAACAAAUCCGCUGCCGGAACACGAAGUGCGAACAAAGUUCCUCGCCAAACGGUGCAAAGAAGUUCUUCAAGUCAUGCCAUAAUUGUUCCCAUCUAUACUGUUCGCGUGAAUGUCGACGAGCCCACUGGGAGAAACAUCGCAAGGCGUGCCUGCACUCGCGCGCUUCCAACCUCUGUCGCCAGGUGCUAGCUACCUGCAAAGACGACCUAGACUCGCAGCGCCACCUUAGUCUGCUGGCGCGCAAAGGAAGCAUUUCACAGGGGCGGGGCGUGGUGCGGGUGCUCUUUCGCAGUGCCGAGGCCGCUGAAGGCUUCAUUAAGAAAGGGUUCCAGUAUGGGGAGGCCAAUUACGUGCGCUGGCCGGACCUUAUGCCCGCCGAAAUGGGACUGGAACUGUACUCUGAGCUCCUUAAACUCAGCACAGAGUACAAACCGGAGACCGAGAUGCUAAUUUACAUGGCCAUUUGCGUGGUGUCCGAGGCACCGGGCAUGCGCUGGGAGCGUCAACUGGUCAGCCGUUGCGCCAAACUGAAGCUCUGUAAGACGAUGAUGGUCGAUCUGGAGAAAAAGCAGACGGAGCUCCAGCAUCCGCCGUCGGGAGUGGAUGUGCCAGAGCGUACAGAGAUCCUCAUCCUCACCUUCAACUUUGACCAGCGCUCGUUGCACUACAAUCGAGAGCUGAUCCUCUCCAACAUUCUGGACAUCCUGUCAAGGCGCGGUGUCACGUUACGCAAACAUUAUCCGGAAAUAUUUCAGCGCCUGCAGGCCUACAGCGAAGGCCAGAGCGACAAGUUCAACCCAGUGACUCUGCAUCCGCGUGACAUUCAAACGGGACAAGGCUUUGUAUGCAUCAUUAUGCCAGUGCACUCGGAGGGCGAGCUUAUCAAGCUUCCUUCAGCGGCGGACGGUGUCAAUCGAGUGACUGCAAUAGACGUCGGAUGUCCCGCGACUCUUGCCCACCUGGAUGAAGAUGAGCUGCUCCAAUCCACAUCCAAGGAUAGCUGAUUAAGGGUCGACGAGAAUAACUGCAGCAGCAGCAAAGGACGUCACUGUGGAAGAAGUGGCAGUGCCUUACUUUACAGCGACGCCUUGGGAUGUGGCAUGGAAAGUACCCGUAUGUGAGCCAUUUUAUAACCCCAGUUAUUUAACGCAUCUUUCAUAUUGAGCGGUCUUCCAUUUUUGUUCGAUUUUUAUUUUAUAUUCAAUUAUUAAAAGAGUUACAAUUGAGAUGUAAACAUAGCACUAUAAUUUAA